UGCUAAAUUUCGUGWUUAUAGAACUGCAGCGAUUUCUCCCUCAGUUUGUCUAAUUUUACUUCGUAAAAACCGCGCUUUCACUCUAAUUAUAGUAUCUGACAAAAGGUCUAUUAUAUGAUGCAGUAACUCGAGAAUUUCCCCAUUUUUUAUGACAGUUCUAGCCUUUUUCGAGUAGUUUUAAAUAUUUGAAGGACAAAUAUAAGCAUAGGAACACCACCAUGCUUCUUCUAAGGAGAGCUUGGAAGCCCGCUUUAAACUGUACAAGAACAAUAGCGACAAAAGCAAAUAAUAAAGUACUAGUUACUCGUCGAGUGCCUCUGCCUGCCAUGGAGAUUUUGAGGAAUUCCCAAAGCUGUGAGCUGGAUGUAUGGGACUCUGAUGACCCAAUMCCAAGAGAAGAACUACUGAAAAGAGCUCAAGGCAAAGAUGGGCUGUAUGUCCUGUUGACUGAGAAGGUUGAUGCUGAGUUGUUAGAUACAGCAGGUGAACAGCUUAAAGUUGUCAGUACUAUGUCAGUAGGCUAUGAUCAUGUGACCACUAGUGAACUUAAGAAAAGAAACAUUCCACUGGGUUACACACCUAAUGUUCUCACUGAUGCUACUGCAACGCUGACUGUUGCACUGUUACUGGCAACUAGUAGAAGACUUAUCGAAUCUGCAGCAGAAGUCAAAAAUGGAGGGUGGAGCACAUGGAAACCUCUGUGGAUGUGUGGAUCAACUCUUAUGGGCAGCACUGUUGGGAUUGUUGGACUUGGAAGAAUUGGUGUAGCAGUUGCCAAGAGACUUGUACCCUUUGGUGUUUCAAAGAUAUUAUAUUCUGGACGUAGCCCUCAUAAACAAGCUGAAGCAGAGGUCAAUGCAGCAUAUGUUAGCACUGAUACUUUACUCAGAGAAUCUGACUUUGUGGUUGGCUGUCUGGCAUUGACGCCUGAGACUAAUGAAAUGUUUAACAAAGAUGCUUUUUCCAAGAUGAAACCCUCUGCUAUAUUUGUCAACUCCAGUAGAGGCGGGGUUGUUAAUCAAGAUGACCUUUAUGAUGCAUUAUUAAAURGAAACAUUAGGGCUGCGGGGCUGGAUGUAACUGUGCCCGAACCUCUACCAACCGACCACAAGCUGUUGACACUUAAAAACUGCGUUAUUCUUCCUCAUAUUGGUAGCGCGGAGGACGCAACAAGGACGGAAAUGGCUACACUUGCAGCCAGAAAUCUUCUCGCAGGGUUGAGAGGAGAAAAACUUCCUGCGCAGGCUGAUCUCUGAUUCAUAGCUAAGACUAUUAUCAAAGUCGAACUUCACAUUAGCCGAACGCAUUGAAAACAGURCAUAAUAAUGUGCUUUUUCAUGGGGUCAACUUCUCGGUUUGUUUGAUCUCUCAGUCUAACUGUACUCUCAAACAUAAAAUAAUCUUUCUUUAAAAUAAUAAGGCAGGGACGGCGGA